AUGCUGAUUCUGCGAUUUAUCCUUUUUUUCUUUUUGCAGAUUUGGAGAAACUAUGACACAGACAGCAGUGGCUACAUCUCAGCUAUUGAACUCAAGGGGUUUCUUCAAGACUUGUUCCUCCAACAUGGGAAGACCAUCACCCCGAAAAAAUUGGAGGAGUACACUGACACCAUGAUGAAAAUGUUUGACAAAAACAAAGAUGGCAGACUGGAUCUCAAUGACCUGGCCAGAAUUUUGGCCUUAAAAGAAAAUUUUCUGCUGAAGUUUAAGAUGGAUGCUUGCAGUCAGGAAGACAGAAAGAGGGACUUUGAGAAGAUAUUCGCUCACUAUGACGUUAGUAAGACGGGUGCACUGGAGGGCCCUGAGGUGGAUGGAUUUGUCAAAGAUAUGAUGGAGCUGGUGAAGCCCAGCAUCAGUGGGACAGACCUGGAUAAGUUCAGGAAAGCCCUGAUGGGUCACUGUGACAUCAACGGAGACGGAAAGAUCCAAAAGAACGAGCUGGCUCUCUGCCUCGGCCUUAAGCUCAGCUAACUGACCCUGGAAACCUUCAAAGACGUGUAUAUUCUUCCUUCCUCUGCUGAUCUCUUGUACUUGCCGUCUUCUUUGUAUCCUGCUGAUUGUCUUAACUCGUCCCUUUUCUUUCUUCACGUGUGGUUUCUCGUCUUAUCCCAGUUUUUGCAGGCAUGUUGAUAAACGGUGUUGUGUUCCUAUUAACUGGGUCAUGUUUCCAUAACUGUAAAUAUCUUUAUUUGAAAAUAUUUUGCAUUAAAUGUGGAUCGUGCCAUAAUGACAUUACUCUGUAGAUAGUAAAACAUCUCUAUCUGCUUUGAAUUGUUAUAAUGUUGCUUUUUCCAACGCAUGCUGAUUCUGCGUAAUGUGACUAAAUCACUGUUUGCAUGACAUUACUGUGAAAGUAGCAACGAUA